UCAGGCCACCAUGACAUAUCUGGGCGUUGGAACGGGGUCUGAAUAAACCCGGCCAGCACGAGACCAGCGCUCGCAGUAAAGGGAUUGCAACUAGAGAAGGCUCACUCUACGCGCAGAGACUCAGGAGUGGUUUGGGGCAGCUGUUUCUGCUUGGGAUCCAGCAACAGGACUUUACGCCAUCUGGCUCUCGCUUUCUAGGGUAUUCUCACUACCAAGCAAGGGGACUCUCUUUGGCGUUGAUCAAUCCAAGACCUUCUGCCAAAAUGCUUCUUUUGUUGCUGGGGAUCAUUGUACUGCACGUGUCCGUUCUUGUCCUUCUCUUUGUGUCUACAAUCGUCAGUCAAUGGCUCACUAGCAAUGUGCGCACAACAGACCUUUGGCAGAACUGCACCAUGGGACCGGCUAUCCCAGAUAUAUUUCAUUGUUCAACAUCAUCCCCAAAUGAAUGGCUGCAGUCUGUCCAAGCUAUGAUGAUCCUGUCCAUCAUCUUCAGUGUUUUGUCUUUGUUCCUGUUCUUCUGCCAGCUCUUCACUCUCACUAAGGGUGGACGGUUCUACCUUACUGGCAUUUUCCAGAUUCUUGCUGGCUUGUGUGUGAUGAGUGGUGCUGCCAUCUUCACAGUGAGACACACAGAUUGGCAUCACCCUUCAGAGAACCUCUCCUUCGGCUUCACAUACAUCCUAGCCUGGGUGGCCCUCCCACUGGCCCUGAUCAGUGGGGUGAUUUAUGUCAUCUUGAGGAAGCGCGAAUGAAAGGCCAAGUGAAGGUGCUGAGAAUGGAGCAUUUGGGACAAGGGGGUGUCCAAGAAUUAGAAAAUGAAAAAAUGGAAUUUAACCAAAAAAAAAAAAGUAAACCCAACAAGGGAAAAAAAGAAACCAAACUGCAAGAAGGGUUACUGUGUUAAUUGAAGAUGUAUAUAGUAUCUAUGGUUUUAAGAAAAACCUAUUUAUAACACUUUUUACAUAUAUGUACAUAGUAUUGUUUGCUUUUGUUUGUUUGACCUGCCACCAUGUUUAAGCCUAAAGAAAGUGCCUAAUUUCUCUUACUCCUAACAGUAUAUUUAGAGUGUAAUUUUUGACCCCUUCUGCUGUGGAAGCAAAUGGAUCCCUCCUCCAAAGUUUCCACUCCCAAACCCAAGCCGAGGACAAAUCAAGAACCAGGUUGGUCCUUCAGAUGGGCGGGAGAAACUGUUACUGCAUUGAUGGUGGCUGAUGCCUUCAUUAGCCCAUGUUAACCAACUGAUAGAUGCAAAUGUUAGGUGGAAGGAGGAAGGAUAUUUACCAGAAUGUAGAUGAUGCCUCAGACAAGGGUGAGGGAGCCAAGCUUCAUGAUAGCUAAUAGGUGGUGUGAUAGGUGGACCAUGGUCUCAUUGUGGCAUCCUAUAGUAACACUGUCACUUCCUCCCAUGUUAUAAUCUCCACGUUGGACACCCUAAACUCCUUGGAAGAAGGGCAGGAUAUGUAAAGGUCAUAAUCAGUAAAUAUUCCCAGUGAGGAUGCACUGCUGCUUAAUGUAUGCGUUAAGUCCCAUUGAAUUAAGCAUGUUCCAGAAUACCCAAGACUAGCACGAAGGCUGAGGUAGAAUAAAAUGAGUGGGACGAGAAGAAAAAAAAAAUCAAGUCAGUUUAUAAUAACUAUCACAAAUGGCUGUCUUCAGCCAUGCCUGUUGGGAUUGGUAGACACUGAUCUUCCAAAAAAAAACCAAUUUUCCUUCUUUACUUCAGAAUAAGCUAAAGUAGAGAGAGAGAGAAUGAAUAAAACGUUGUAAGCUCUGAACCCUUCCCCCACACCUCUCUAUGAAAUUGAAUACCAAAUCUGUGAAAUGGUGCUAUCUAUUUACCAUUCCUUAUAUUGCUAAACCAUUUAACCUUUACUCACUGGAAAGUCAGAUAACAGUGUUAUAAAUAAACCAAGGAAUAGGAAUGAUAAAUAAUUAUGUGUAAUAUAUACAGCCUAUAACUGCUUUUGUACUUAGGAAGGUUGCUAUUAUUAUUACUAUUAUUUUUUUAAUAAAGCAUUUAUAACCAAAAGGUCCCCCCCCCUUCACCGUCAGGAGGGAAGUACACCAGGCUUAUAGACCCCGUAGGAUCCCCCCAGCUCCUCUGUAAUCCUUUUCUGUGCUUCCAAAAGUGUGUCUGGCAAUGAACUCUGUUGGCAGCCGCACUGAGGAUGUGUAAGCGGUGCCUUUUGAUGCUAAGACUCCAGACAUUAUGAUAUGAUUAUUUUGCUUUGCCUUUCUGAUUUUAUACCAACUGUGUGGACUAAGAAGCAACAAAAUAAAAGCCUGAA